AUGGAAGUUAUAAACAAGGAAGCUCGGCAAGAGGAGAUAAAAGACUUGUUUCGAUCUACCACCAAGAAAAAUGAAGAGGAUAGAUACGAAAUUCUACUGCCAUGGAAGGAGAACCACCCUCCUCUCCCAGAUAAUAAAAAUAUUGCCGAAAAGCGAUUAAGAGCGGUCACGGCAAAACUAAAAAAGGAAGACUUGUUCGCGGAUUAUAAUACGGUCUUUAACACUUGGCUUUUGGAAGGAGUCAUUGAAAGGGUACCUGUGGAAAAUAUUGCCGUCAAGGGACAUUACCUCCCACACAGACCGGUCAUCAAGAAAGGAAGUACUACGAGGAUAAGACCAGUUUUCGAUGCUUCAGCAAGAGUUAAAGAUUCGCCGUCAUUGAAUCAGUGUUUAGAGACAGGCCCUAACCUGAUCGAAUUAGUUCCCGCCAUACUACAUCGAUUCCGAGAGAAGAAGAUUAGAGUGGUGGCAGACAUCGCCAAAGCUUUCUUGCAGAUAAGCGUCUCACCGACUGAUAGAGAUGUUUUACGCUUUUUGUGGUGGAACGCAGAAGAAGAGAUUGAAGUCUACCGACAUAGAGUAGUCUUCGGUGUAACAAGUAGUCCGUUUUUAUUGGGAGCGACAAUUGCAUUUCACAUCGAACGAGUUCUAAAAUCGACGAACUCACCGCAGAAGAGACUGAUCUACGAACAGAUGUCCGAAGCAUUUUACGUCGACGAUUGUAUCACGAGUGUUGAUUCCCGAGAAGACCUCGAAAUGUUCCAGGAAGAGGCCAUUUCUUUGAUAAAGGACGCCAAAUUUGAGAAGCCUUCAAUUGCGCACA